AUGGACCACAACUUCUCCCCGUGGCCGAGCUCCCCCGACCGUACGUGGUUCGCAAGUGGGAGCCCCGACAUGUUGCCAUCUGCUCCGUCACACACGCAGGCAAACUCGUCCCGAGUGCGUAAGACAGCGAGGUGGAACCAGGCAGAGCACAAAGUAUUCAUCGAGACCUGCGAAUUAGUUGUAGCUGAAGGCCAUCGACGAGGCAAAUGCUUCUCCUCGACAGGAUGGCGUCGUAUAGCAGCCAUGUUCAAUGCCUCUACGGGGAAGGAUUGGACAGUAUCGCAGAUGAAGAACUACUGGAAUAAAUUGAGAACGGAUCACAAAUGCCUUUUCGAGUUGUUGCGAUGCACUGGAAUUGAGUACCGAUCGGGUACAGGAAGAAUUCACGCCCCGGACCAUUGGUGGGAAGCGAAAAUUAAGGAGAACCCUAAGUACGCAAAGUACAGAAACAUCAACUGUAGCGAGAUCUAUGACACGUACGGCAGAUUAUUCGGCGACACUGGUGACUCAACGAAAUAUGCGUUGUCCCCAACCAAGCUGUCGCAGCGUGGCUUCGAUCUGGGAACAGAUAGCGACAGGGAGUACGAAGGUGACAAGUUCCCCAUUAACGCGGAGGCCACAGAUUCCAGUGGCAGCCCAGUCGAGGGUCGUGCUGCUUCCUCCAUGAACAUAUCUGGCCGAAGUAGUGGGGAAAAAAGAAAAAACAAAAACAGGAAGGGAAAGUCGAAGAAGAAAAUGUACGGUGCGAGGGAGGUUUCGGCUUCCCUUGAGCAGUUGGCAAGUGUCGGAACGGAUCUCGCUUCAAUUGCGCGAUCGCAUCGUAAGGCGGGAAUGACAGUCAGCGAAUGCGUUGACGAGCUUCUGUCGUCUGGCCUUGUUCAGGAAGGUGAUCGACUCCACCUUUUCGUCCUAUGGUUCCUACGAGACAAAGACAAUCGUACCUCGUAUUGUGCUGCAAAGACACCUCUUACGAAAUUUAAAUUCAUCGAGUACUGUUUCGAGCGAGACAAUGCUUCCAUUAACCGUAAGGAGUGA